UUUGCAACGGCAUGAGACAAAAAACGACACCGAUGAUGAUCAUUAACAACAGACGGUGGCGAUUUUCAAAAUACGAAAGGAUGCUGCAUUUUCUGAGAAUCAUCUGAUUGGUCCCCUUAAGCUUAAACCUCUGCGAGGGAGAGAGAGAGAGAGAGAGGGACUGCCGAGUUGGUCAACCUUUCUCUCGCUCACACCGUCUGCUGUGGGAGGUGCGCCACUUUUCUCUUUCUUCUUUUUCGUCAACGUCAACCAACCCAACGCGGGCAAGAAACGCUGUUGCUGCUUCCUCUUCCUCUUUUUGAUUCCCAACUCGGCCAUCACCACCACCAUCGCUCCCAUCUUUCAGCGGAAGGGCAACGAAGAAGAUUUGAUCACGCAACAGCAAGAUCGCUUUCAGGAGGAACUGCCAAGUUAAGUGACAGAGAGAGAGAGAGAGGGAGAUGAUGAUGCUGGUGAACUGCUCCAGCUGCAGGACUCCACUGCAGCUGCCCUCUGGCGCGCGGUCCAUCAGGUGCGCCAUCUGCCGCGCCGUCACCCACAUAGCCGACCCCAGAUCCCUACCUCCUCCUUCCUCCACCUGGCCCGCGACACCUCCACCGCCACCAGCAGCCACUUUUGGCCCCUCGCACUAUGCGCCGACGCCGCCUUCCGCGCACGGGAGGAAGAAGGCGGUCAUCUGUGGCAUCUCGUACCGCUACUCGCGCCACGAGCUCAAGGGAUGCAUUAAUGACGCCAAGUGCAUGAAGUACCUUCUCAUCAACCGGUUCCACUUCCCAGAGUCUUCCAUUAUCAUGCUUACCGAAGAAGAAACUGAUCCUUUUAAAAGGCCAACCAAGCAUAACAUUCGGAUGGCAAUAUAUUGGCUUGUGCAAGGCUGUCAACCAGGAGAUUCCUUGGUAUUUCAUUAUUCAGGACAUGGUUCACAGCAACGCAACUAUAAUGGUGAUGAAGUAGAUGGAUACGAUGAAACACUUCUUCCUUUGGACUUUGAAACACAAGGAAUGAUUGUUGAUGAUGAAAUUAAUGAAACACUUGUCAGACCACUUCCUCGUGGUGCUAGACUUCAUGCACUUAUUGAUGCUUGUCACAGUGGGACCGUCUUGGAUUUACCUUACCUUUGUAGGAUGGGCAGAACUGGACAGUAUGUAUGGGAGGACCAUCGCCCUCGAUCGGGUGUCUGGAAAGGAACAAAUGGUGGCGAAGCCAUUUCAAUUAGUGGCUGUGAUGAUAAUCAAACCUCUGCAGAUACUUCGGCGCUCUCCAGAAUCACUUCUACAGGUGCCAUGACAUUCUGUUUUAUUCAAGCCAUUGAGCGUGGUGCUGGAACAACAUAUGGCAACCUAUUGAAUGCAAUGCGAACCACAAUACGUAACACAGAUGUAGGAAGUGGUGGUGGUCCUGUCUCAUCCCUCCUCACUAUGCUUUUGACUGGUGACAGCGGAGGUGGUGGGCUUACACAGGAGCCGCAGCUGACUUCAAAUGAAAUGUUUGAUGUGUACUCGAAGCCAUUCUACCUCUAAGUUGGACAUUUUGUUUACGUAGAUCCGACUUUAUGAUUGUAUCUACUCAGAGGUAUGCUUUCUGUAAAUUCGUUUGUCUAACUGCGAUCUUUAUUGGAUUCUGCCCCCGUUCUUUUGCCAAAUAUUCUAGACCAAAUUAUUUUAAUGUGCCCAUUCACUGGUACCUGAUGCUUAAGUUGUUCGAUUAUGAUAUAUUUCUUACGGGUGCGCUGUAAUAGAAGUUGUCUUAACAUUUUGAGGAACGGAACUUUAUUAUUUUCAGUUAUUCAAAAAGGGUCUGUAUAGUUUUUUUUUUUUCUUGAGUCAUAUGAGCACACCUAGUAAGAAUCACAAUGUAGUGCUUCUUUUGUACAAGACAAAAAAGUAACGAACAGUAUGCAGUGUUCAUUAUUUAUUA